UCGUGAUUGUAUCGUGACCACCAUCAUGGCUGCUUCCAGCGACCCGUACAAGCGUGUUAUCCUCAUCACAGGCUCGAAUACUGGUAUUGGAUACGAUGUUGCGAGGCUUUUGGCGGAGAAGGGUCAUACGGUUUGGCUGUCAUCGAGGAAUGAGGCAGCUGGAAAACAUGCACAGGCUAGACUCAAGGAAGAGCACGGUCUCAAUGUCAAAUAUGUUCAGUUAGACAUCACCGAUACUGUUUCAGUCCAUGCUGCGAAGGAGACCAUCGAGAAGGCCGAAGCCAGGCUGGAUACUCUGGUGAAUAAUGCAGGAAUGAGCUACAUGUCCGAGCCGCAGCAGGCUACUACCAUCUCGCUCGACGUCAUCCGCAAUGCCUUCGAGCCCAACUUUUUUGGCCUUAUCCAAACGACGCAGGCCUUCCUUCCUCUACUCAGAGCUUUGCCACAAGGCCACGCGUGCAUCUUGAAUGUGUCAACGCUGAUGGCUUCGAACGCUACCCAGGCUGCCCCAGGUUCCGGUAUGCAUGUCGUUGCAUACAACACCAGCAAAGUCGCGAUGAACUCUUACUCAAUUGCGCUGGCGAAGGAGCUCGAACACGAGGGAAUCAAGGUCAACGUGAUUAGCCCCGGGUUUAUAUCGACGAAGUUGAACAUGUAUGCGCCAGGGGGGAAGACGACUGCAGAGGGUGCUUCGGUGCUUGUUCCAUGGGCACUGUUGGGACCAGACGAUAUUGGAAAGACCUGUCAAUUUUGGCGAGGCAACGAGCAGUUACCUUGGUAGAGAAUGUACCCAGUAGCAAUCAAUUCAUAAUUACUCAUCAGUCUUGUAACUGGUUCUCACACUUACGUUGCCGAAACAGAUAGGCCGGUUUUCCAAAUUCUAUAAACUCUACGGGAAUCCUUGCUAUCUCCGCCGCACUACCUGGGUCUAGACCUGAGCGUCAGAUGUCUGACCAAUCUCAUUUCGGUACGAAAAACUGCUUGAAGACCCCUCUGGCAUGGUAUACUUACUCUGCAGGUAAGCUCUUAGAGGCGAUCGAAGAUCUUGACCCAUGAAUAUGCUUCCGCGGAAAAAAUUCCUUGAGACAUAGGCUACUUAUACCUCCAUGUCUAGUUCCC